ACCAAUGCGUACAACCUUAGACCUAUUACGUCCACCACUCGCAGGAGGGUUAACAGACAGUCCAGCAGUUAAACGCAGGGAAUUUCGCCCGUCCGACCUGGUAUAUGUUAAGUGUUACUCUCGCAACGGUUGGAGUUGGACAGCUGGGACCAUUGUUAGCCGCAUUGGAAACGUAAUGUACACCGUCAGGACAGUCGAUAGAAAGACCAUAAGAAGCCACGUGAACCAGCUGCGCGAGCGCCGUGAACGUCAUCAUCAUCGUCAUCGUGAAUCAUCCGAGUCUGACGGUUUAUCGCUAGAUAUUCUUUAGGAUUCCUACCACCUUACUCCGCAACCGACGACAUCAACAGCCGAACCAUCAUCAGCAUCGCUACAGCAUACUACAUCUACACACACGAGCGUAUCGUCUGCAUCACACCCACAAACGUCAGCAGUCAUCGAUCCGCGUACGGCCUCAAACGCGGAACCGCUGCAUCCAACGAAUUCCCCAAUUCCGGUACAAGCUCCAAUCCGAGAACCACGUCGCUCUUCUAGGCAUAGAAGACUGCCCAGUAGGUUCGACCCGUACAGGCGUUUUUAAAAGAGGGGAGAUGUUGGGUGCGUACGUGCAGGGUACUCACGCGCCCUCUCUGCGAGAUGUUUUCUCUCGUCGGUUGAUGGGCACGAGUGUCCUAGCGAGAGAUUCGUCCCGAUCCGCGAUCCCGAUUGUUACUCGUUACACGAUCGGGAUGCGAGCGGCAGUCGGGAUACAGCUAGCAACGAAUGUGGUGUGGUGUCAUUACAAGGCGGAAAUAAAUUAAGUUUAUUUAUUGUAGUUUAUCUAAUUUACGUUGUGUCGUAAACACUUAUUCGGCCACAUAUCACACGGCGAACGUAAAAAGAAGCUACAUGAACCUGUCGGCUCAUGGGACACGCCUUUGUCCAACAUGUUGCUGAUGAAGCUGGACAAUGAGACCAUUCUGGCGUGGGAAAGGCAUUCUGUGCAUAAGAAGAAGGACAAGUACAGCGACUUGAUCGAAUUCCUGCAAGACCGAAUUCGAAUCCUAAAAUCGAGCCAGAGUAUCUCGUGCGAUCGGAUUGUGGCUCCGAUCAAGGUGGCCGGGGCACAUCGGCCCACCGCACCACGGCGGUCGGUAACCAACGCUGCUUCUGUGCAAAGGAAUACUCCCGUUUCAUCGACCAUUCAACAAAUGACCUGUCCAUUGCAGUGUGCAGAUCAUCACCUGGUUCGAAAUUGCCCGGUAUUUUUAGCCAAAAAUACUCAGGAGCGGCGGGAAAUCGCACGAUCAAAGGGAUUGUGCUGGAAUUGUCUCAGUUGUUCCCAUCAAGUGAGAUCGUGCAAAUCCGAGUAUUCUUGCCGUUCGUGCCGUGUUUAUCGUAGACGAUUAUGGAGAGAAGCAUGAGGCACGGGCGCUUCUGGAUUCGGGCUCUAUGUCUAACUUCAUUUCGGAUACGUUAGCUCGGAAGCUCAUGACACCUCGAGCGAGAGUUAAUGUAUCAGUGUCUGGCAUCGGAACUUCAAGGCAGCAGAUAAAGGGUUCGACCACGGCGAUCGUUCGUUCAAGAAACCUUCAAUUCACCACCCCAUUGGAGUUUCUGAUCCUGGAUACACCCUCGGCGGACAUUCCCACCUCACCAAUCAACGUGUCUUCGUGGAACAUCCCGGAUGUAACGCUAGCAGGCCCCACGUAUCACAUCCCAGGCAAGGUCGAUGUGGUCAUAGGUGGCGAUACGUUCUGGGAGCUGCAUACCGGACGCAAGCAAUCUCUCGGUUCGGGUCUGCCAUGGUUGGUAGAAACGCAGUUUGGAUGGGCGGUAGCAGGAAACACAACGCAUUCGUCUCAACAACAUCGGGUAUGUAAUAUGGCAACGAGCGACAGUCCGUUGGAAGCCAUAUUGACGCGGUUCUGGGAGAGCGAGACCAUCUUCGACGAGCCCGCUCUACCUCUGGAGGAAGACAUGUGUGAACGUCAUUUCAUCUCUACUACAACCAGAGACCCAUCUGGCAGGUAUGUCGUACAUUUACCACAAAUUCCUAAUACGAAUAUCGUUUUAGGAGAAUCGAAAGCAAUCGCUGAUUGUCGUCUCCUAGCGGUGGAACGGCGGCUUAAGUCUAACCCUGCAAUGAAGGAGGAGUAUAGUAAAUUCAUGUCGGAGUAUGAGCGCUUAGGGCACAUGAAACAACUCACCGAGCCGGUGGACGAUUCGUGUGAACACUACUAUCUCCCUCAUCACGCGGUGCUUAAGGAGUCGAGCACAACCACCAAGGUCUGGGUAGUCUUUGACGCGUCGUGCAAGACAUCUUCUGGCAACUCCUUGAACGACAAACUCCUGGUUGGGCCGGUGAUCCAAGACGAUCUGUUCACCAUCAUCGUUCGUUUCCGGUCUCACGCAGUCGCACUCUCAGCAGAUGUUGAGAAAAUGUAUCGCCAAAUUCUCCACGAUUCUCGCGACACUGAAUACCUGCGCAUUCGGUAUAGAGGAAACACCACAGAGCCGAUUCAGACGUUCCAACUACAAACGGUAACAUAUGGCACGUCUUGCGCACCCUUCCCAGCAACAAGAACGCUAAAGCAGAUCGCUCUCGAUCACAAGAUGCAAUACCCCCGAGCAGUGGAUCCUGUAUUGCACGAUUUUUAUGUGGAUGACCUGCUAACGGGAACAGACGAGUUGGCAGAUGCAAUUGAAAUGCAAAGGCAGAUUUCCGAGAUGCUCAAGCAGGCUGAAUUCGUGUUGAAGAAGUGGGUAUCGAACAUACCCGAAGCACUAAUCAGCAUUCCUUCAGAAGUCCUUGCCAUCCUUCCUACUCAUGAAUGGCAAGAUCCCCAAUUUGUAUCGACGCUUGGUCUGGUUUGGGAGCCAGCAGUUGAUAUGCUGCGAUAUCGGAUCGAUCUACCAACUGCUGCGACGAUGUUGACAAAGAGGCUAGCUUUGUCCUACAUCGCCAAAACCUUUGACCCGCUGGGCUUGCUUAGUCCAACCAUUAUCAUCGCUAAGCUCUUUAUGCAACAGCUGUGGAAGUUGCAGGAAAACGGGAAGCCGUGGGAUUGGGAUCGUGAGCUACCAUCACAUCUCCAAAAGGAAUGGACGGCAUUUCAUUCCAAGCUGCAUUCACUUCGGGAAGUGCCCAUUCCGCAUUACACUUCAAUUCGGCAAGCAACAAACGUGCAGCUACACAUUUUCGCGGAUGCUUCUCAGGUGGCAUAUGGUGCUUGCUGUUACGUCAGGGCAGAAAACGAUUCGACAACAUCGGUGCAGCUGUUGGCAGCUAAGUCUAAAGUAGUAUCGUUGUCGAACACACAUUCUAUAGCGAGACUCGAGCUUUGUGCAGCGCGGUUGGCAACGCAACUGUUCCGGAAGGUCAGUCAGUCCCUCAACGGUGAAUACGAUGCUUUCGCUUGGACUGAUUCCAUGACCGUGCUACAUUGGCUCAAUUCAGCACCACGGAGGUGGAAGCCUUUCGUUGCCAACAGGGUGGCACAAAUUCAAGGAGAAACCCGGAUCAAGUGCUGGAGGCAUGUUCCUGGUGUAGACAACCCAGCAGACGAUGCAUCGCGAGGUCUACUACCAGACAAAUUGCAAUCCUGUGAACGAUGGUGGCAUGGGCCACAUUGGUUGAGCAGCAAACAGGAAGAAUGGCCUAUAAGAGAACCUGCAAUUGAAGAAACGGCAUCAAUAGAAGAAGAACGUGUUACACAAUCACGAAUAGCUGCAAUGUCGAUGGAGGACGAUUUCAACAAUAAGCUAUUUGCACGGUUUUCAACCUACCUCAAACUUCGUCGAACCAUGGCGUAUUGUUUACGUUUCGUGCAAUGCAUGAGGACACCGAAACCCGCAAUUACGUCACCGACAGCCAAGGGUCAUGCUUCGAUUCAGGACAUGAUUAUAUUGAUUGCACCUCCAUCUCGAGACGAACUCAUCCAAGCUGAGCUGCAGUUGUGUCGGUUAGCUCAGCAAGAUUCAUUUGCGGACGAGUUAAAAACGGUUAAAAACGGCAAGGAUAUACCACGCAAUUCGAAGCUGAAAUGGUUGUCCCCCUUUAUUGAUGAGGCGGGAAUCCUGCGUGUAUUCUAA